AUGGCAAAUACGUGUACAGGUUCUGGCUGUGAGAAACCAGCUGGUGCGGGCGUUGAUGGCUGUGGAUUACUCAUAUCGGCCUAUGUUCUUGCCGGACUUGCUAUGAUGCUCAACAUUAGGCUCUCAUAUAGUUCUGCUCCAUAUGCACUUAUUAGAUUUAAACUACCUGAAAAUCUGUUUAGUGUAUUUGUUAGAAGAAUGGCUAGUGCUUUAGAACUCUGGUGUCUUCCAAGUAUGCUAAUGGGUAACAUAAUUGACCUACUUCAAAAAGGUUUUGGUGGAGAUGAUGCAUUUAGAGUUAAAGCUGGUAAAAGUGCUAGUGAUGGUACGCUCCGAAAAUUGGCAGAGACACUACAUACUACUGCCAAAGCACUUAACGAUGCAGUUAAAAAUCCUGGUGAUGAUCCAAAUGCUGCUAAAGUACUUCAGCAUAAGGCUACAACACUCCGAGCUCUAGCUGGAAAAUUACAUUCUGCAGCCAAUGAUCUACACAUUGCAGUUGGUAGUAAUGAAAAGGGUGCCGAAAAUCUUGCCAAAGCUGUCGGUGAUAAAGAUGAACCUCCUCCUGGUUCUGGUAAACCUGCUACUCUUCGGGAAGCUCUCAAUCAACUUGCUACUGGUGCUAGUGGACAUCAACUAACUGGUCUGGCCAAAGCUGUUAGAACUGAGUACGACCUAGUCAAACCUAAAUUCGAAAAGGUUCGGCAAAAAGAAGCUGAAUAUAAUGAUUAUCAAUCUCAGUACAAUUCAGUUUUGUCCGCGUGGGAUUCUUUCAAUGCUGUGUAUAAGCCUGAAGAACUACUCAAGGAUGCCAUUGGAGAAGAUGAUGAACCUGGUUCUGGUACUAAACCUACUACUCUUCGACAGGCCCUAAAUCAACUUGGAACUGCCCCUGGUAUUAGUAAUAUUAAGGACUUAAAUACCAAAGCUCAGAAUGCCAGAGAUCAAUAUGGUAGUGACUGGGGUGGACUCAAACAGAAAUUCAACAAUGUCAAGGCACAAGAAAAUGCCUACAAACAGGGUGUUACUAUUGAAACUAAUCAAUACAAGAAGCUUGUUGAGGCCUGGAACAAGUUCGAUAAUGCCUAUAGAGAGGCCAUUUCUAUUGCCAAGUUUUAUUCCAUCAUUGUUCCUUCCAUAAUAUGCCAGUGGUUCAACUUCCUUACAUAUGUGGUACUCCUUAUUGUAUAUGUUGCAGGUGGUGAAAAGGGUUAUCUGACUGCCUUUUAUGGUACCAUUGCUGUAUCUGGGUUUGUGUUUGGUAUUAAUAUGACUCUAGUCUAUGCUGCUGACUGGAAUUAUACUCCUGUCUAUAUCGUUGGUGAAAACUGUUUCCCAAUUCUCACCUCAUUCAUACACUACAUUACAACACUCAUUUUUGGAAAUCGCAGGAAAUGGAACAGUGACUACCUAAUAGUUUGCAUUGAUAUUUGGGUAGCAAUCAUAAUCUCUUUAGUGGCAGCUGUGGUAUGGACAUAUGCAUACGGCUAUUGUGAUAAUGGUGGCAAUGACAGUGUUAGUUAUGGUCACAUAUUUACUGAAAGUUUUGAUACUAGUCCAGUUCACUGGGGACCUAUAGUUUCUCCUACUCUAAUGGUUAUUGUUGGUAUGGGUCUUGUUUAUGCUAUUUAUCCUGGUAUAGCACCUGGUAUGAUUGUACCAUUCUAUCUCAUCGAUAAGAUUGAGAUGGUACUCCUAAUAGCUACAUUCUUUCCACCAGUCAUUGUAGCUCUUCUUAACAGAGGAACAUUUCUUGGAUAUACUAAAGCCUACUCACCCAAAUCCGCAUUCGAAGAUUUUGGAAAGGGAAUGGGUGGCUGGAGAACAUACAAACCUAAAUUUGAUGAACCUAAAACUGAGGUGAAUAAUACCUUCUGGCACGGUUUUGAUAUCCUUCUAGUUAUCAAGAUAUCUCUUGCUGUUGUAUUCAUAUACUCACUCCAUUACAGAGACUCCAAUAUAUCUAGAUCUAUCAUUAAUCAACCUAAGAUGUCCACUGCCCUAUCUAUUACAUUCUAUAUGUGUCAUGAGAUUCUGUUGGCUUUGGGAUUCGCUGGUGUGAUUGCUAAUAAUGGAGGUACAUACGUUGUACUACCAGCGCAGUAUGUGGGCGCCCUAUUUAUGAUCUUCUUAGCAUUUUAUUCAGAAGGAUACAUUAUAGAAUAUAAAAGUCAUGAUCCUGCACAUUGGCCAAUAGAAUGUAUGACUAAAUGGAAUUUGUUAUAUAUUUUACAUUAUUUGCAGAUUAUCUAA